AUGCCGGAAGAUACAGUUUCACAACCACAGGCUGUACAUAGCCAACUGGAGAAGCCAUCAAGUACUGCAAUUCUCUGCAAUAACUGUGGAAACCCAUGCAAGGGAGAAGUUUUGAGAGUUCAGAACAAGUAUUUCCAUAUUAAGUGCUUUGUUUGCAAAGCUUGUGGAUGUGACCUGGCUCAAGGAGGAUUUUUUGUGAGACAGGGAGACUACAUCUGUACUUUGGACUACCAGAGACUCUAUGGCACACGGUGCUUCAGUUGUGAUGAAUUCAUUGAGGGAGAAGUGGUCUCAGCACUGGGCAAAACCUAUCACCCAGACUGUUUUGUGUGUGCUGUCUGCAGGCUGCCUUUUCCCGCAGGCGACAGGGUAACUUUCAAUGGGAAGGAGUGCAUCUGCCAGAAAUGUUCCCUGCCCCCUUCCAGUAGCACUGGCUCUUUCCCCGUACAGAACCUGCGAAAUUGUGGGGGCUGUGGUUCAGAAAUAAAAAACGGGCAGUCAUUGGUUGCCUUGGACAAACACUGGCAUCUGGGCUGUUUUAAGUGCAAUACAUGUGGCAAGCUGCUGAAUGCAGAGUACAUCAGCAAGGAUGGUGUUCCAUACUGCGAAACGGACUAUCAUGCAAAGUUUGGUAUCAGAUGUGACAAUUGUGAAAAGUAUAUCACAGGAAGAGUGCUUGAGGCAGGAGAAAAACAUUAUCACCCAACGUGCGCACGAUGUGUCAGGUGCAGUCAGAUGUUUGCAGAAGGAGAAGAAAUGUAUCUUCAAGGUACAUCGAUUUGGCAUCCAGUUUGUAGACAGGCUGCAAAGGCUGAAGAAAAAAACAAGGAAACGAGGACUUCAUCUGAGAGUAUUAUUUCUGUACCUGCUUCAAGUACAUCAGGUUCCCCAAGCCGUGUCAUCUAUGCAAAGCUUGGAGAUGAAAUUCUUGACUACAGGGAUUUGGCUGCUCUUCCUAAAAAUAAAGCCAUCUAUAACAUUGACCGCCCAGAUAUGAUCUCCUAUUCUCCAUAUAUCAGUUACUCUUCAGAUGACAGGCAUAGUUACGGGGAGUCACCUCAGUUGCUCUCUCCAACACCUACUGAGGGUGACCAAGAUGACAGAUCUUUCAAGCAGUACAGGACAUCAAGUCCUAGUUCUGCUGGCUCGCUGGGCUAUGGUCGCUACACUCCAACCUCCCAUUCUCCUCAGCAUUACAGCAGACCAGCUGGUACUCAGAGUCUUGGUACCAGUAGCUGCAUCUCCCUGCCCCAACACCCAAGCCCUACAUCUACAUUCAGACAUCAUUACAUCCCUUUCUUCAAAGGCAGUGAAAGUGGUCGGAGCACUCCAAGCUUAUCCAUGUACUCAGACAGCAAAUCUUCACCUUCUGUCUAUCAGCAGGCUCCUAGGCAUUUCCAUAUUCCAGACACUGGCGUAAAAGAUAACAUCUAUAGGAAACCUCCUAUCUACAAACAGCAUGCAGCAAGAAGAUCAGAAGGGGAGGAUGGAAGCUUGGAUCAGGACAGUAAGAAGCUAAAGACUAGUUGGCUUUUUCUGAAAGGGGAUAUGGACACCAGAACUAAUUCCCCAGAUUCAGACACGCGUUCCCUGUCUCUUACUGCUGGAACCGACAGAGAAAACUUCCCGAGGGCACAGGAGGGCACAACGGCCGGCUAUUCCCGAUUUCCAUAUUCUAAAUCUGCUUCUCUACCUGGCUAUGGAAAGAAUGGCUUACAUCAGCCUGAAAAUAUGGGCCAAUAUGAAACGGACCAGGAGGCGAGCUGGGGGAUGAAAGAAUACAAGGUAAGAAGGGCUUUUCCACCACUGGAAGAACAAUCAGAUUCAGCACUUCCUAGCAAGAUUUAUCCUUACGAAACACUUAUUGUAACAAACCGAGUUCGUGUGAAAUUGCCUAAGGAUGUGGACAGGACCAGGCUGGAGAGGCAUUUGUCCCCUGAAGAGUUCCAGGAAGUCUUCAAAAUGAGCAUUGAGGAAUUUGAUCGUCUGGCACUUUGGAAGCGGAAUGACCUGAAGAAAAAGGCCCUGCUUUUCUAGCCCCUCCCGGAUAAAAUAUGUGCUUAAUCAAAACAAAUAUAGUCUUGCCAGAAGUAUCACAUGCACUUGCUGUUGAACCAUUGUCCAGCUUCAUUGUGUUAGUAUGUGUCGGGGGAAACAGGACAGAUUAGAUGGCAACGUGUUGGAACACAGAGAAUUUGCUAAUCUUGCAUGACCAGAUGGUUUUGUCAGUAACUCCUGGUCCUACCCAGUUUACAAUGUGCAAAAAAUCUAGCUUUAAAUUUAUUGUUGCUUGCAGUUAUUGCUUGAUGCAAAUGGA